CGGCCUGGCGGCAAAGCCAGCACUGCUGCUGGCUCUUGAGUCACCCUGUCCUGUGCAUGGCUUUAAAAAGCAAGUCAUCUGGUGGCUUUGUGCCCCUCAAGAGCCUGUCUGGCCUUGCAGGAGCAUAGCGCAGGAGCUGCUGUCUGGUUCUGGCAGCAUGGCUUUCCUAUGUUUUACACCCUGGUGAUGUGGGUUUGCUGCACAGGCUUCCUGCUUCCUUUGCAACUCUGUCUCCUGAGCAGGAAAAAUAGGAUCUUUAAUUCCUCUGCAAGUAGCUUUUAGAGAGAAAGCCAUAGUUUGUCUUAUACCGGAUGCUGCAAGAGAGACUGUUGCUCCCAUGGGAUUUUCUUCCAGAGCAUCGCUGGGGGAUCCCUCUGCACAUUGUCUGGAAACCAUCUCCGUGGCAACCUCAAACAUCCAGGCUCUCCCUCGGAGCUGCUCACCCAUUCCCAGGACGUGGUGGGGCAGGAUGAAGCUGCUGGGUGCUGUGUUGCUGGCUGCCAGCCUGCUUGUCACUGCGUCCUGGGGGGAGCAGCACCCCUGGCCGGAUGAGCCUUCGCAGACCUGCUUCUUCCAGAUGCUCAGCAGCGUGGACAGCGAGUUCUGCAGAGGAGACUUAGAAAUUAUCUACCCAGAGCUGGGCGACGUGGGCUGCACGUACAUCCCCAAGUGCCACCGGUACCGACAGCGGAUCAGCAGGGAGUGGGGCAGCCCCCGUGUUCGCUACCCCUGGGCUGAGAAGAGCAAGAAGUACGUGCUGCUGCUGGUGGACCCCGAUGCUCCCAGCAGAGCCAACCCCAGGAACCGUUUCUGGAGGCACUGGCUGGUCACCGACGUCCCAGGUGCAGAUCUGAGGAACGGGGACGUCAAAGGGCACGUGCUGACAGAUUACGUCCGGCCCACGCCCCCGCCCCGCAGCGGGUACCACCGCUACCAGCUCCGCCUGUACGAGCAGCCGGCUCACGCGGACAUCGCCCUGAGCCCCGAGGAGCGGGUCUCGCUGGGUGCCUGGGCGAUGGAGAGCUUCGUGGAGCAGUUUCGGCUGGGUUCCCCAGUGGCCUCGACUCAGUUCCUCACCAAAUACUACGAGGAUUAGCGCCGGCCAUCGCCCCCUUCCCCUGCGCAGCUGCACCCCCUUCCCCGCACCGCAGAGCCCCCUCUGCCCACGCCAGGAGGGGACCCCGGAACCUGCCAAGGAUACACCCACCCUCCCACCAGCCCAGAUCCACAGCAGAAACCCCAGCCCCUCCACUUCCAGCACCUCAGGGGGGGUUCUCUUUCCCUCCGAAGGUAUGCCAAGUGGUGUCCUGGCUCGCCCCGGGUGUCCUGGGAAAGAUGGCAUCACCCUCUUCUCCUCCCCUCACCCCAUUUCUGGCCUGUCCCCCAGCAUUUCCCACCUGCACCUCAGGGGACUUGAGCUUUAAUGCCUGCAGCCUUCAGAAUAAAACACGGAUGGAGCA